AAAAGAAACGGUUAAAACGGCUAGGCUGCAUUCCCGCGGUUGUCUUUGUCUCAGCAGUCGCGCCCGCACCAUGCCAGCCUCCGGUUCCGAGCUCCCGCGCCUGCAGCUGCUGCCCCCCGCGCAGGAGUGGGGCGCGAAGUCGCAGCCCCACGGGGAGCUGCAGUACCUGGAGCAGAUCGAGCACAUCCUGCGUUGCGGCUUCCAGAAGAAUGACCGCACCGGCACCGGCACCCUGUCGGUGUUCGGCUUGCAGGCGCGCUACAGCCUGAGAGAUGAAUUUCCUCUGCUGACAACCAAACGUGUAUUCUGGAAGGGUGUUUUGGAAGAGUUGCUGUGGUUUAUCAAGGGAUGCACAAAUGCUAAAGAACUGUCGUCUAAGGGAGUGAGAAUCUGGGAUGCCAAUGGGUCCCGUGACUUCCUAAAUGGCCUGGGAUUCACCUGCAGAAAAGAAGGGGAUUUGGGCCCAGUUUAUGGCUUUCAGUGGAGGCACUUUGGGGCAGAAUACAAAGAUAUGGAUUCAGAUUAUUCAGGUCAAGGAGUAGACCAACUGCAAAAGGUGAUUGACAUGAUCAAAACCAACCCUGAUGACAGAAGAAUAAUCCUGUGCUCUUGGAAUCCAAAAGAUCUUCCUCUCAUGGCCCUACCUCCAUGCCAUACCCUUUGCCAGUUCUAUGUGGUGAAUGGUGAGCUGUCCUGCCAGCUGUACCAGAGGUCAGCAGACAUGGGCCUUGGUGUGCCCUUCAACAUCGCCAGCUACGCCCUGCUCACCUAUAUGAUCGCACACAUCACAGGCCUGAAGCCAGGAGACUUUGUACACACUUUGGGAGAUGCACACGUUUACCUGAAUCACAUUGAGCCACUGAAAAUGCAGCUUCAGCGAGAACCAAGGCCUUUCCCAAAGCUCAAAAUCCUUCGAAAAGUUGAGACAAUUGAUGACUUCAAGGCUGAAGACUUUCAGAUUGAAGGAUAUAAUCCUCACCCAACUAUUAAAAUGGAAAUGGCUGUUUAGAGUGCUUUUAAAGGAGUUGUUUAAAGGAUACUUUCUUUAGAGGUUCGACUGGGUGCUCAGGUGAAAGUUCUUUUUGCUCUAAAGCAGAAAGAUCUAGGUCAACUAUUAGGUUGGUGACCUAUCAGUUAUUAUUCAUUAACUUUAAUUUUUAAUUUUUAAAUAAGAGUUGACUGUAUUGUUUCAUAUCAGUUACAGGUGUACAGCAUAGUGCCUAGACAUUUACACAAGCUAUGAAGUGAUCCCCCGAUUAGUCUAGUAUCCACCUGGCACCACACACGAUUCUUACAGUACUAUUGACUGUAUUCCCUAUGCUGUACUUCACAUCCCUGAGAUUUUUGUUUCUUUCAGCCUCUUAAAGAACUUUCUAAAGCUCCUUCUUUUCCAGCCACCCAUUUCUCUUCAUCAGCUUCAAUCUUAUAAAAGCAAAUUGCUGAUUUCUCUUUGAGGUUCUUCAGCUUUAUCUCCUCAGUGAGUCCUUUUCAAACGUGGCCUUUUCUAUCCUGAAAGCUUUCCCCUCCAGCUGCUUUCUCCUAGCUUUCUUUCCUCCCAGGUGAAGUUUGAUGUUUACCCUCUGGCACUGUUGUCCCAACCUUCUUGAGUUAACACAAGCCCAGACACUGGAAGGCUGUUCAGUAUUUAUCCUGCCUUCAAGCCUCCACAAGCUACAUAGGGCUCGUCAGUCUUGGGCACCCUGGUGAGGACCCCACAGAAUCAGAGCUCGCGAAGUUGACCGUAGACGCUGCCUGGUAGAAGUUUACUUUUUCAUUUUUUGUAAAAACAUUAAUCUCCUAAAUGUCUUUUCUUUUAGCCUGGCAUUUAAUAUCCAGAAUAACCUGAUGUUGGACAAAUUUUCUAGCCCCGCCUCCCACUAACCAACCCUCUUUAUGAAAUCUUAAGGUUGAUAUGCCUGGGAUCUUCAUUCCUCUUCACACUUUGGUUCUUUUUAUUAAAUUUUUUCAUCUAUUUAUGUAUUGAUUGGUUGAGAUAUACCUUGGUUCUUUUGCUUACUUUUCCCCACCUUCCACUUGUUGGCAAUCCUGUUCAUUCCACAAAUGUCACCUCUCCCGAGAUGUCUUCCCUGAUUUUCCUUAUUUGCACCAGUCACUCUUGGGCUCUAUGGCUCUGUUUAUGGAAGUGAUUACUGCUUGCCCAGGUGUUGUGUGUGUGCUCAUCUGUCCUACCAGGUUCUGGGCACCAUCUCCUGGGGACAAGGGUUAUGUAUUCCUAACAAAAACGUGUACAUACAUUUCAGUCCCAUGUUUUUAUGAAGCUUAGUGAUUUUCAAGAAUUUUGUAAGCUAUUCCUCAAUUUUAGAGCUGAAUAGCAUCAGUCAUAAUGAUAAUGUAUAGUUUGCGUGGUUAUGAACAUUUAAAAUUGUAUUUGUUUUAUAUAUGGUUAUAAUAAAGUAUUCUACAUUCA